UAUAGUAGGAUUCAAGCAAUUAAAAUAAUAAAGUUAAAAAUAGGAUAAAUUAAGGAAAAAUAAAUGUUAGAAAUGUUUUUUUGCUACGAAAAGAAAAAACUGUAACGAGACACAUUAUUUUCUGAAUGGUUAAAACUUUUUUGAUCAAAGGUCAAUUUAAAAAAUAAACUAAAUAUAUAAAUAAAUAAUAUUUUAUUAUUUGUAGUUUAUUAUUAAAAUACUCAAAUGAAUAUCUCUGUUACUGGAAAUGCUUUUAUAAAAGAAAAAGGGAAAUUUUCCUCUUGGACCACAUCGAAUUAUUGUGAUGUGUGUAAUUGUAAAUAAAAGAAAAACUAUUUUUUUUAUUGAUCAACUAUAAAAUCCUUGAAUUACACGGAUUAGAGUAUUAGACCCAAAUUCUUUUUUUUAAAGAUUUUUAACCAAAAAGAAAUAAAAUUUAAAUCAUUAUCAAAAGCCCGACCCAGGCCCAACCCAAUUAAGUAACAUAUACUAUCUCUGAAACCAAGAACACGUAAAAACCCGCUAACACUACAGUCGCCGAGAGAUUUGUUCGUCGUGGUGGCUUAGCCAUGAGGUUCCGAUACGCCAUGGUGUGUUCAUCGAAUCAGAACCGGAGCAUGGAAGCUCACGUUCUCCUGAAUAGGCAAGGUCUCGACGUAGCUUCGUACGGGACAGGGUCUCAUGUUAAACUACUUGGACCGUCUGCCACAGAGCCUAACGUCUAUGGUUUCGGAGCUCCUUACAAGCACAUGUUCGAUGAACUCAGGCGCAAGGAUCCCGAGCUGUAUCCUAUUCUCUCAAGUCUCUAUUCUUCAUUAGAUUCCUAAAGAUGCUUUUGUUUUUAUUCUUUGAGUUGUAUGAGUCUUGUAGGCUUGUGGAGUUUGGUAAUAACCUUAACCGUUUUUUUUUUGUAGUUACAAGCGGAUGGUAUAUUGCAGAUGCUUAAGAGGAAUUUUUAUCUGUGAAACUUGCUCCACAGAGAUGGCAAGAUAAUGCUGGUGAUGGUGUGUUUGAUGUUAAUGACUUUUGAAGAAAAGGUUUUCGAUUCUGUUCUUGAAGGUAAAUCUAAAUAAAUUGCUAGAUCUACGUUGAUGUUCCAUCACAAACUAGUUAGGUUACAUGUCUGAAUAUACUCUAUCAAGUCGUAAUAUGUCAUUAUGUAUUCAUUGGCUGAGGAACGAUUGCAAUCACUGAAAAACAACAUAGGCGGAAACAAGUUUAUAGCAUCUCAUUCUACUGAAUAUUGUACCAUCAUCAGUUCAUGGUGGAGACUUGAGAUGUUAAACAUGUUAAUUAUUGAAUCGUCUUGAUAUAAUGUUAAGUUUAUAUUCUCGUCUAGAUUUUAGAAGAAAGCUCAAGAACUUGCUCAUCCAGCACACAUUCCUCUGUUUGUAACGAGCUGAUAUUACAAAAAAAUGUAAUUCAUUUUUCUAUCUAUUUGUUAAAACUUCAAAGAACGUAAUAUAAAAGUUUUUUUUUAAGACACUGUAUUAUAUAUAACAGAUAGGUGACGCUACUAGUCCUUAACCCAAGCAUUACUUCAGCUUUAUUGUCAUAGUCAAAGUUAACGUGUCUACAUAAAACCAAACUCGUGUACCAAUCAAAUUAACUCAACCCCUAAAACCCUGUAUAGACAAUUCAAUCUUUCCAGCAAGUCCCAAGCCCGUGAGAUUAAAAAGAUACGUCAGAAAGAAGCCAAUUACGAAAAGUCCUUUUAGAGAUUCUUCUUCACUAUAUAUAUAACGUUCUUUAGACCCAUAUACAUCAAAAAUAAUAAUGAAGACGAAGAGCCAAGAAACUCAAGUAGACUCUCUUCAACAAGAGACUCGUCAUCAUCUUCGCCAAAUCUUCAUCUCAAUGAUGUUCAAAUCACGCAGAUUCUUCCAUCACCUCGUCUUAUAUUCGUUUCUUAUUGGUUUCGGGUUCGGUCUCGGCUUCCUACUCAACUUCCACAUGAGAAACGUUUCUUUCAGCCCCCAACUCUUUCGUCUAUCUUCUCCUUCCCUCUCUCCACAGCCACAGCCAGAAAACUUCGUUUUAGUAAAUGAAACGGUUGCUUAUGAUAGUGAUGAAGGGCAAAAGGGUCAUUCUAUGGUGGAGUUUGAGAAGGUGAUGCAUCAUAACACGACGGAGGAAGAACUCAUGUGGCGUGCGUCGAAGGUUCAAGAAAGGCCGUCGACGGUGAAGAAGAAAGUGGCGUUUAUGUUCUUGACGAGAGGGAAGCUUCCUUUGGCUAAACUGUGGGAGAGAUUUUUCAAUGGCCAUCAAGGCCUUUUCUCUGUUUACGUUCAUACUAGUAACCUUUCUUACGUUGACGAUGGUAUUCCUGAAAGGUCGCCGUUUUAUCGUCGGAGGAUUCCAAGCAAGGAAGUGAAAUGGGGUAUGGUGAGCAUGGUGGAGGCUGAGCGGCGGCUAAUAGCUAACGCUCUGCUCGACGCAGCAAACCAACGUUUCGUCCUCCUCUCGGAAACAGACAUACCUCUCUUCAACUUCUCCACCAUUUACUCUUACCUCAUAAACUCUCAACACUCUUUUGUAGACCUCUACGAUCUUCCUGGACCAGCAGGUCGUGGCCGCUACAAUCGACGUAUGUCCCCAGUUAUUACCCGCAGCAAGUGGCGAAAAGGCUCUCAAUGGUUCGAAAUCGACCGUGAAAUAGCUGUAGCCGUUGUCUCCGACAAGACUUACUUCCCAUUGUUCAAGAAACAUUGCCGUUGGGGUUGUUACGCCGACGAGCAUUACUUGCCGACGUUUGUUCACGUCAUGUUUCCCGGGAAGAACGCGAACCGGUCGUUGACGUGGACAGAUUGGUCACGAAGAGGACCACAUCCGAGGAAGUAUACACGGCGGUCAGUGAGGGCGGAGCUUCUAACGAAGCUGAGGAAUAGAGAAGGGUGUGUGUAUAAUGGGAAGGAGAGUAACAAUUGUUAUUUGUUCGCUAGAAAAUUCGAUGAUAGUUGUAUAGAUACGUUGAUUCAUUUUGCUGGUAGGAUUAUGGGGUUUUAGUUAUUUGUCUCUAAACCCGUAGCACACAUUCAGGACAUUGAUAUAUGCUAUGGCCCAUUUCUGUAUUCAAAUUUAUAAGGCCCAUUUCUAAUUACAAAACUUUGUUCACGUUAAUUUUGUUGGAAGGAAAGUAGGAAACUACAUAUAUAUGAGUUUUAAGUUUUUACAGAAAAUAAUAAAGUGAAAAGUAUUGAUUAUUUGUAAGCUUAUUUUUCUGUAGUGACAUUCUACUUUUCUAAACAAUCUAAAAUUUCGCUGAUUGGUGAUUCUGAAUUAGUAGUAUAGAUGCUAUUGUACAUACAACUUAUAAGGUUAUAUGACCAUCAUAUUUUAGAUUUUACAGAUACAACAUACAAAGAUUGACUUUUAUGAAAAAACAUUACGUAGACAUUAUAUGUACAAUUAUAUGAGGAAGAAAUAUGCAUAUUACAUAUAUAAAGAAUGUAACUUACCUUCUAGUAAACACUCAUGUUUUAAAAUUCGAUCAUUUUUUGGAGGCAGCAAAAAAUCGCUCAACUGUAUUUACACGGUUAAAAUUUAUUUAAAAUUAUUUAAACUUUUAAAUUGAAUAAUCUAAUUAAAAAUUAAUAUAAAGCUAAGCAAAUAAAAUCUAAAUUUAACAAAUUUCAAUUUUAAAUAUAAUAUUACUUAAAUUUUUUUUAUGCGUACUACGCCGGAAAAUACCUAGUUCAAUAUAUAAAAAUUGUAGCUUAGUCAGUAGGAACAACAAAAUGCAAGAGAGAAAAACAACUUCUACGAAAAAGACAAUCUUAUUGUUCUGUCUAGACUCAAAACUCUUCUCAAAUAUGUGUCCUUCACAUCCACUUAUUAUUUUAAUAUUUGAUUUUAGUUUCAUUGCAAAACUACAAAUGGAACACACUCAGAUGAAAUAAUUAUUUAAAUAUUCAGUUAGAAUGAAAUUACAAAAUCAAUAACAACAAGAUAUAUAGUUUUUGAGCAGCCAAAAAAAGGAUAGCAACAAAUAAGAUAUGGGCUUCUCAGUUUAAGUUAUAUCAAAAUUGAUUGGGUAGUUAUUAUUUAAUACCCUAUGACUGUGACUGACAAUAUCUUGAUUCGUGACAAAGACUAGGAAUUAUGAAACAAUACCAUAAAGCUGAACACCGAGGAAAUUCACUAACAUAUAACAUUAUGCUAAUAACAUUCUGAGAACAUUCUUAUUAUGCUAAAAAGGAGAAAAAGAAAAAGAGAAGUAGUAUAUUAAAUAGAAAAAAAAAAGAUUUUUGAUAAAGACUGAACAGAGA